AUGGGUCGGAAUCCGGCACAGGCUUGGAAAGAUGAGGGCAUGUUACUUCGCUUCUCCAAGCUAGAGCAGCAACCCAAUCGAAAGGCCGACCUCAACUACUGCGGCCCAACUCUUCAUCUGGUCACCAAUCACCAACCCACACUUUACCGCGUCAUCUCAAUGUCUACCACCACCAACAAGGCCGAACAAGCCGUCUCUUACGCCGCCUUGAUCCUCGCCGACGAAGGCAUCGCUAUCACCCCGGAAAAGCUGCAAGCACUACUCAAGGCCGCCCGCAUCGAGGACGUCGAGCCCAUCUGGACCUCACUCUUUAGCAACGCUUUCAAGGACAAGAACGUCAAGGAACUCAUCCUCACUGCGACCACGGCCACACCAGCCGGUCGUGGUAAUUAUUCUGAUAUCAAGGACGAUGAAAAGACAACUGCAGAGGAUGGAGAUGACGGGAAGGACGGAGAGGAGGGUAUCGAUAUCGACGCGGACUCAGACGACGGGUCUGCAUUUGGGGAUCUGUUCGGCUAG